UUUGACUUGCCCAACUAUGACGCCAUGACUCCCUCAACAACCAACCAACCAAAACGCAACACAAAAACACAAACUCACCAUUCAUUUCCCACCCCACACUAACCUAAAAUCAUGGGCUGCUCUUGCCUCAGCUUCACCUCAUUAUACGCCACCUACCUCCGCCGCUGUCUCAUCUCCGCCGGCCUCACCUCCAAACACAUCACCAUCGACGAUCAAACCCGCAUCCACUUGUGGGCCCCCAAACACACCACCUCCGACGCCAUCCUCCCCAAGCCCGCCGUCCUCCUCAUCCACGGCUUCGGCCCCGCCGCCAUGUGGCAAUGGCGCAUGCAGGCCGUCUUUCUCGCCAAGCUCUUCGAUGUUUACGUGCCGGACUUAGUGUUCUUUGGGGAGUCGUUCACGUCGGGGCCGGAGAGGUCGGAGGUUUUUCAGGCGGAGUGCAUGGGGAAGAUGAUGGAGAAGAUGGGUGUGGAGAGUUAUGCGGUGGUGGGGACCAGUUAUGGGGGGUUUGUGGCGUAUAAUAUGGCAGUGAGGUGGCCGGAGAGAGUUGAGAAGGUGGUGAUCGCCAGCUCGGGGGUGAAUAUGAGGUUGAGAGAUAAUAAGGAGCUGGUUAAGAGAGCGAAUAUGGAGAGGAUUGAGGAGGUUAUGCUGCCGAAGACGGCGGCGCAGUUGCGGAGUUUGACGGCCUUGGCGGUUUUCCGGCGGACGCGCGUGCCGGAUUUCUUCUUGAAUGAUGUUAUUCGGACAUUGUACAAUGAAAAUAGAGAGGAGAAGUUAGAAUUAUUAAAGGGAUUGACAAUUGGACAGAACGACAUCGUCAACUUGUCUCCUCUUAAACAGGAGGUGCUGAUCAUCUGGGGAGACAAUGAUAGAAUAUUUUUGUUAGAGAAAGCACAGGAGCUUAAAGAGAUGCUGGGUGGGAAUGUAAAAUUGGAAGUGAUAAAGAAUGCAGCACAUGUACCGCAGCUGGAGCAUCCGAAACAAUUCAAUACCAUUCUCAAGAAUUAUUUAUGUGGAUUAUAGAUACUUAAUUAAUUUGUUGCAAGAUAUGGAUUAGUUUUCUCAAUUAUUUUACUUGUAGAGUACCAUUUUGCCAAACUUUCGAGUUUUGAUGGUUCAAAUAUAAUAUAUGUACAGCUUCUUGUAUCGUCCCAAAAUUAUAAUGUCAGAUAUUCUAGUCCGGUUCAGUAAUCGACGAUAGACAAAAUUCAUUUUUCUUUC